AUGAUAAUCCAAACGGCUUUGACCUCUGCCCUCCUAUUCACCAUCGGGACUGUGGCUACUGGCCCAUUAUCCGAAAGAGCCCCCCCUUUGGUACAACUGGACAAUGCCACCUUCACAGGUGUCAACUCUGGUAACGUGUCGAAGUUCCUUGGAAUACCCUUUGCCCAAGCUCCCGUUGGCAAUCUGCGUUUCCAACUUCCUCAGCCUCAUCCUUCAUACGUAGGCGAUCACGCCGCAUCAGAAUAUAGUAUUGCUUGCCCUCAACAAGCGAUCAGGAUACCCGCAAUGAAAGGCGUUCCCGCCUACGCUGUUGAUUCUGUUGUACAAUCAUUCGGAGACCUGGCUUCUCCGGCUGGCGAAGAUUGUCUUUAUAUCAAUGUCAUAGCACCUGCCAAUGUAACAUCUAUGUCGAAGUUGCCAGUUGUAUUGUGGAUCUUUGGGGGCGGGUUUCAAGGUGGUUCGGCAUCUAGUGCAAACGGAAGCGUCAUAGUCGAAAGGUCUCUUGAGCUGAACGAGCCAGUGAUAUAUGUCAGCAUGAAUCAUCGGUUAGUGUCAUUUGGAUUCCUCGCGAGCCAAGAAGUCAAAGAUGCAGGCGUCGGCAAUCUUGGUCUUCAAGAUCAACGCGAGGCAAUGAGGUGGGUUCAGAAAUACAUCAGCUCGUUUGGUGGUGAUCCUACAAAGGUUACCCUUUGGGGCCAGAGUUCCGGAGCAAUAUCCGUUUCGCUUCAGAUGCUCACCAAUGGUGGUGAUACUGAAGGUUUAUUCCGUGCUGCUUAUAUGCAAUCUGGAUCCCCUAUCCCUGUCGGCGAUAUCACCAAAGGACAAACUUAUUACGACUUCCUGGUUGAUCAAACGGGUUGUUCAGGAGCUUUAGAUACACUUCAAUGUCUUCGAGAAGUGCCAUAUGAUAUCCUGAAGUCUGCCGUCGACAGGACUCCAAACAUAUUUUCUUACCAGUCCCUAGUGUUGGCAUGGGUGCCCAGGGCAGAUGGUAAUUUUUUGAUGGAUGAUCCUCAAAAACUAGUGCAACAAGGAUCUGUAGCUAACAUACCUAUCAUUUCUGGCGAUUGUGACGACGAGGCAACUAUGUUUUCUUUCAGUACCCUCAACAUCACGACCAACGAUCAAGUCUACGAGUAUAUCAAAAGCUACUUUUUACCAAAUGCACCGAGCGAGAACGUAACUACUUUAUUGGAGAUGUACCCUCAAAACGUGACAGAGGGAUCGCCCUUCAAUACUGGUUAUCUGAACGUAAUAACACCUCAAUUCAAACGUUUGGCAGCUCUCCAAGGAGAUGGAACGUUCCAGGGUCCACGCCGAUUUUUCCUGCAGCAACGGUCGGGCAAACAAAAUAUGUGGUCUUUCUUAAGUAAACGGUUUAAAGCUACCCCUUUCCUGGGCGCGUUCCAUGGAAGUGAUUUGUUCAACGUAUUCGGACCGGGUGACAUGACAGAUUAUCUCGUGCGCUUUGUGGCCAACCUGGACCCGAACGGAAACACAAGUAUCUACUGGCCGCAAUAUACGACCCAAUCCCCGAACCUUCUUACAUUCCGGGGCGGACUUACUCGUUUGAACAUCACACAGGAUACGUACAGGAAGGAGGCUAUGGAUUAUAUUACGAACCUGUUCUUGCAAUAUCCUAUGUGAUAUCGCGUGCGCGUGACUUGCACCGCUCGUUCUUCUUUUUUAAUGCGCCUUCGCUUUACUGCAUUCCUUUUGUACUUUUUUGAAUCGUCAUUAUUUGAAUGAGCCGUUAUUGCAAGUCAAUAUCACGGGUCUUGAUAAU